AUGGUGCUCGCCAAAUCGAAGAAUGCCGUCGGGCUCGGCAACAGCCUCAUGAACGACCGCUUCGGCAAGGGCAAAAAGUCGAAUAUGCACCGUGGAAACGCACAGCCCAACGGAAUCAAGCGUACUGAUCAGUUCGGCAAUGAGUAUAUCACGAACGAGAAGAAGGAGGCCGACUAUGUCAAAAUGCGCUCGGUCACGGAGCAGGGCGCAUUGGACGAGUUCUUGUCCACUGCAGAGCUUGCGGGCACAGAUUUCACGGCAGAGAAGAUGAACAACGUCAAGAUCAUACACACCGACCAGAAGAACCCGUAUCUGCUGAGUAAGGAGGAGGAGAGAGGCGUGAUGAGGAAGCAAAAUGCGAAGAGAGCACGCUUGACAGUGCCAAGGAGACCGCAGUGGGAUGAGCACACGAGCGCGAGAGAGUUGGACGAGAAGGAGAGGGAGAGCUUGCUGGAGUGGAGGAGAGGGCUGGCUGAGCUGCAAGAGGUCGACGACCUACUCAUGACACCGUUCGAGCGCAACCUUGAAGUUUGGAGGCAGUUGUGGCGCGUGAUCGAGCGAUCAGACCUGGUCGUGCAGAUCGUGGACGCGAGGAACCCGCUAUUGUACCGCUGCGAGGAUCUGGAGCAAUACGUGAAAGAGCUAGAUGGUGGGAAGAAACGGAACUUGCUGCUCGUGAACAAGGCAGACAUGAUGACACUUGAGCAGAGGAGGAUAUGGGCAGAGUGGUUCACCGAGAGAGGUAUUGCCUUCCGAUUUUUCUCGGCCGAGCUGGCUAAGGAAAUGAACGAGGCAAGAGCAGAGCAGAGCACGAAUGCAUUUGGUGGGCUAGUAGAUGAGGCGGAUAGUGAUGAGGAUGAAGACGAGGACGAGGACAGUGAAGACGUCGAUGAAAGCGACAUCGAGGAAGAGAUUGAGCCUGUAGACGUUAUCGCAAAAGAGGCGAAGAAGAUCCAGAUCCAGGACGAAGAAGAGGACAGUGAUCACUACACAGACGAGGAAAGUGUUGACGUCGAGCCGAAUGCUGUACCCGACUCCGACCCCCAGCACCUCUCAAUUGAAGAGCAGACCCGCAUCCUCACAACAGACGACCUCGAAGCACUCUUCUUGGAACACUCACCUGCGGCGACAGGACCGUCUGAAGACGGCACAGCGACCAGAAAGACGAAUAUCGGACUGGUCGGUUAUCCCAACGUUGGUAAAUCAUCCACGAUCAACGCACUUCUCGGUGCGAAGAAAGUGUCCGUAUCUGCAACGCCCGGAAAGACGAAGCACUUCCAGACAAUUCAUCUCUCCGAACGAGUCUUACUAUGCGAUUGUCCUGGUCUCGUGUUUCCGAACUUCGCGACCACAAAAGCCGAGCUUGUUUGCGCUGGUGUUCUACCAAUCGAUCAGCUGCGUGAGAGCACUGGCCCAUCAGGCCUGAUAGCACAACGCAUUCCCAAGCACUUCCUGGAUGCUCUCUAUGGUAUGAAGAUCAUCAUACGACCCAUCGAGGAAGGCGGUACAGGUCACCCCACCGGCGAGGAAAUUCUACGAGCCUAUGCCAGGGCAAGAGGCUUCUGGACGCAAGGUCUUGGACAGCCAGAUGAGAGCCGAGCAGCGAGGACGAUCCUGAAAGACUACGUGAAGGGCAAACUUCUAUAUUGUCACCCUCCACCAGCCACACCGCCGAUUGACGGAAAGCACUUCAAUCGUGAACUUUACGAUCUCGCGCAUCUACCACAGAAGCGACGGGCACAUCUCGCUGCGUCAGAUGUAGCAUCUUUGGCAGGCACCGAGAACCCAUCACUCAUGGACGACGCCGAGUCUGACAUCCUCGCCAUGCCACAACAGACAGGCAGGAAAGGCGCAACGCUGGACAAGGCUUUCUUCGGUCCGGGCGGAGGCAGCGGGGUCGCAGCGCAGCCUUUCCACUACAAGUACAGCGAACAGGGCAAGCAGCUAACUGGAAGGAAGCUCAAGACGAUUUCGGCAUUGGAGAAGGGCGUAGAUCUCAGCGAGGUUAACACUCUGAACUCGAAGAAGCAUAAUAAGGCCAACAAGAGGCAGCAGAAGAAGGUUAGGUCGGCGGCUGUUAAGGAUUAUGAUGAUUAG